GAGAUCUAGUAAUCUUUCACCGAUCAGUUUAUCCAGGUAUUAUUCUGGUUCCCCCAAAAUUCCAACACUCUGUUCGAUGGGCAGCAAGGCCAAUGCGGGAUUGGACUUCACCAGCAAGGUGGUCCUAAUUACAGGUGCAGCCUCUGGCAUUGGGGCCGCCACGGCUGAAUUGUUCGCCAGUCUGGGCGCCCACUUGACCUUGGUGGAUCGCGAUGAGGAAAACCUCAUGAGUGUAAUGAAGAAGUGCUUGAGUUUGGGUAAUAAGCCGUACGGCAUAUCCGGAGACCUCCUUAAGCCGCUCGAGAUCGAGUGCAUCGCGGACAAAUCCAAGGAGCGAAAUGGCGGUCAGUUGGAUGUCCUGGUAAAUGGAGCCGGCAUAAUGCCCACAGGAACCCUGCAAACCACCGAACUAGCCUGUUUUACACAUGUACAAGAUGCCAAUGUGCGGUCCGUGUUUCUCUUGACCAAGUUAUUGCUCCCCCAGCUGAUCCAGUCUAGGGGUAGUAUCGUAAACGUGUCCAGCGUCUGUGGACUGCGCGCUUUUCCUAAUCUUGUAGCCUAUAACAUGUCUAAGGCGGCGGUGGAUCAGUUCACUCGCUCCUUAGCCCUGGAUCUGGGCCCACAGGGCGUCCGCGUAAAUGCAGUUAAUCCUGGUGUGAUACGAACCAAUCUACAAAGGGCUGGCGGAAUGGAUGAGGAGAGCUACGAGGAGUUUCUGGAGCACUCAAAGCAGACUCACGCCAUGGGCCGGGUGGGAGAUCCUGCCGAAGUGGCAUCGGCAAUCUGUUUCCUAGCUAGCCAAUUGGCUAGCUUCGUGACAGGCGUCACCCUGCCCGUGGAUGGUGGCAAGCAAAUUAUGUGUCCUCGCUAAAUGCGUAGUAUCCUCUUGUUCAGCCUCAAAAUUUUUCUUACACGGUUCCUUGUACAAGUACAUUCCUAAAGUUUCGCCUUCUAACAGCAUCCGCUGUAUAAGUUUUCAAAAAAUAAAAAUAAAUUAUAAGCAAGAACAAAACUAAAAUCU